GACAGAGACAGAGAGACAGAGAGAGAGAGAGAGUCCGUCACGUAGCCAUGAAUUCGCCGCAGCUGGUGGCGCAAGCACACGAUUCUACUGAGAGCAGCGGCCACGGAAGCGGCAGCAACGCCGGGGCGAUGCCGAUGGCGAUGCCGACGCCAGCGGGAAAUAAAUAUGCGCCUGGACGUAGGCUAGCCGCGAGGCAAACUCUUCGAUUGGCAAUACCCAAGCAUCAGGGGGAUCCACUGGCACUUCCGCACCCACAUCCACACCCACACCCACACCCACACACACACACACACCCACUGCCGCUCCACGCACACGCACAUCCGCAUCCACAGACGGGGGGCAUCUAUCGGCAUUCGCCAUCGCAGCUGCCACCGGCGCCCAUACUCAAGAGAGCGGCUGGGAGCAGCAGCAUCCCCAAGUCCGCCUCACCGUUGGAGUCCCACAACCUGCCCAAUGUGACGCCCCACAGUGGGUGUGGGAGUGGAAGUGGCAGCGGGAGGAUCGCCUACAAUGUGGCAGGCGUGGGGGGAGGCUGCUCUUCGAGUGGCGCCUCUUCGGGCUCCAAUUUUCUGGGCGUGCGAAAGCCCAGCCUCACAUUGAACUCCUCGGAUAUAAGGAACAACAACGAUUUGUUUGCAUUUCCCAAGGAUAUGUCGCCAGCACUGGAGUUGAACGAACACUCCCACUCUCCCCUGUUCACGGACAUGUCUUCAGCCAACAGCAAUGGCUCGCCCACACAUCACCACCAACUGGGAAGGCUCUUCAGCCUGAGUCCUUCGAGCAUACGAAGCUAUGGAAACAUGACAGACUUCUCGGAUAGCUCGCCCAGUGGGGUGCUGAGUCCAGCCUCUACAUUGAUAGAGAAUUUCCACAAGAAGAACAGCUCCCCACAGCCCAUCAGCGGCAGCAACAGCAACAGCAACAGCAACAGCAUCACUAGCACCACUCCCACCGCCAUGAAUGGCAAUGGAGGAGGAGGAGUGCUUGUGGGAUCGGGAUCGGGAUCGGGCAACACCAAUGGUGGCCGACAGAUCAACACGAGUUCGAGUUCUUGCAGUAGUCUUAAGGAAACCUCCCAUCAAUCCACAUCCACAUCGCAGCAGGUUGUCAAUAGCAGCAGCAGCACUACGACGCGGGUGGAGAAGAAAUCCCAGCGUCUGCACCAUCACAUAACCUCCUCAUCCUCCAGCUCAUCCUCGACCACACAGGCACUGUCCACAUCCUCGGAGAUGAAGGCGGCGGCGGUCAAGCGAGAUCUCACAAACAUACAAAAGUCCAUGUCGGAAAUCAACGACUUGGCCAACAGCGCAACAGCCACGCCCACGACAGCCAUAAUGCCCGGCAGCGGGCAGACGGCAACAGCCCGUCUCACGCCGGGCACACUCAAAUCGGCCCAUCCAUCGAUCGAUGAUCUCAGGGGUAUGAGCAGUAAAGACAAGAUCGAACAGCUCCAGAAGAAACUUCGCGCCUCGUUGGAGAACCUCGUGGAUGACGACGACGACAGCAAUGUGAUCGUGACCCUGCCCGAUGACGACGACUGCCCGCACAAUCAUUUUGGCAGCGGCCUCGACCUCUCACAUCCCACGGCAGCGCAGCUGAGUGCCAGCAGUGGGCUGAGUGGCUCCAGCAAGACGAUCGACACGAUCAAGUUCCAGGAGAAGCGCAUGAAAACGGAGUCCAAGACGAAGGUCGUCACCGAUGGCUACAGCUCCGAGCAGGCCACCAGCAACUCGGCGGAGAUGAAGCGACUCCAGGCCGGGGACAUAGACUACAAAGAGAACAAGGCUGCGUCGGCGAUGAGGAAUCGACUGGAGGUGGACGGCGUCAAAACGGAGGAGAAUGCAGCUGUCAUUAAGGAGGCCCUCUCGCUGCGCACCGGCGACAUCACACAACAGGCGAGCAACAAUGUGGCCGCCGCCAGUAUUAAGGUGCAGAGCGACACCUUCUCCGCGGACAAGAAGGCGAUCUCGCAGUCACAGCAGUCGCAGACGAUGACCUCCAACGGGAUCAUCAGCCAGGAGAAGCACGUGUCCUCGGCCUCGCAGGCCAACUACUCGAUGACCCACAAGGGCGUCUCCAGCUCGGGCAGCAGCAUGAUCACCUCCUCCUCCCAGAUGUCCGCGAUGAAUGGCCAAAUGGUGAAGCUCACGGACCUCAAGCUGGACGACCUCAAGUCCCUGACGGCUGGCAGUGGCCAGCAGGAGAUCGAGCAGACCAUCAACAAGUAUUCGAAUGUGCUCACCUCGUUCGUCAGCUCCCUGCAGGAUGAUGAGAGCGGAAGUGGAGGCACCAGCAGCGGCCAGGCGAUGAAUGUCGGCAAGGAGAAGACCGAGUAUCUGGAGAAGAUCAACGAGGUGAUCCGCAGGGCCUGGGCUGUGCCCACUCACGGACACGAGCUAGGCUACUCCCUGUGCAACUCCCUCCGGCAGAGCGGCGGCCUCGAUCUGCUCAUGAAGAACUGCGUUCACAAAGACCUCACGCUGCAGUUCUCCUCCGCCCAGCUGCUGGAGCAGUGCCUCACCACCGAGAACCGCAAGCAUGUGGUGGACAACGGCCUGGACAAGGUCGUGAAUGUGGCCUGCGUCUGCACGAAGAAAUCCAACAUGGAGCACUCGCGCGUCGGCACUGGCAUCCUCGAGCACCUCUUCAAGCACUCGGAGGGGACCUGUUCGGAUGUGAUCCGGCUGGGAGGCCUCGAUGCCGUGCUCUUCGAGUGCCGCACCAGCGACGUGGAGACGCUGCGACACUGUGCCAGUGCCUUGGCCAAUCUGUCGCUCUAUGGCGGGGCCGAGAACCAGGAGGAGAUGAUCCUGCGCAAGGUGCCCAUGUGGCUCUUCCCGCUGGCCUUUCACAACGACGACAACAUCAAGUACUACGCCUGUCUGGCCAUUGCCGUUCUGGUGGCCAACAAGGAGAUCGAGGCGGAGGUCCUGAAGUCUGGCUGCCUCGAUCUGGUGGAACCGUUUGUGACGACCCACGAUCCUUCGGCCUUUGCCCGCUCGAACCUGGCGCAUGCGCACGGCCAGAGCAAGCACUGGCUGAAGCGUCUGGUGCCCGUCCUCAGCUCCAAUCGCGAGGAGGCCCGCAACCUGGCCGCCUUCCACUUCUGCAUGGAGGCGGGCAUCAAGCGGGAGCAGGGCAACACCGACAUCUUCCGCGAGAUCAAUGCCAUCGAAGCGCUCAAGACUGUGGCCAGCUGCCCGAAUGCCAUCGCCUCGAAGUUCGCCGCCCAGGCGCUGCGCCUCAUCGGAGAGACAGUGCCUCACAAGCUGUCGCAACAGGUGCCCCUGUGGUCCGUCGAGGAUGUGCAGGAAUGGGUUAAGCAGAUCGGGUUCAAUGGCUACAUCGACCGGUUCGAGGAGUCCCAGGUGGACGGCGAUCUGCUGCUGAAGCUCAACCAGGACAACCUGCGCGACGACAUUGGCAUCGGCAACGGCAUCCUGCUGCGGCGCUUCGAGCGCGAACUGCAAAAUCUCAAACGCAUGGCCGACUACUCCUCCAAGGACACGGCCAAAAUGCACCAGUUUCUCUCGGAGAUCGGCACCGACUACUGCACCUACACAUACGCCAUGCUGAAUGCCGGCAUCGACAAAUGCGCCCUGCCGCACGUCAACGAGGAUAUGCUAAUGACGGAGUGUGGCAUCCACAACUCCAUCCAUCGCCUGCGCAUCCUAAAUGCCGUGAAGAAUCUGGAGAACUCGCUCCCCAGCUCCUCCGAGGAGAACAUGGCCAAGACCCUGGAUGUGUUUGUCAGCUACAGACGUUCCAAUGGCUCACAGUUGGCCAGCUUACUGAAGGUCCAUCUGCAGCUGCGUGGCUUCUCAGUUUUCAUCGACGUGGAGCGUCUGGAGGCGGGCAAGUUCGACAAUGGACUCCUGAACAGUAUUCGGCAGGCAAAGAACUUUGUUUUAGUAUUAACACCCGAUGCCCUGCAUCGCUGCAUUGCCGACGAGGACUGUAAGGAUUGGGUGCAUCGCGAAAUUGUGGCUGCCUUGAACUCCAAUUGCAACAUUAUACCAAUUAUGGAUCAGCACUUUGAUUGGCCGGAGGUGGAGAAGCUGCCAGAGGAUAUGCGCAGUGUGGCGCACUUCAAUGGCGUCAGCUGGAUCCAUGACUACCAGGAUGCAUGCAUCGACAAGCUCGAAAGAUUUUUGCGCGGCGAAAAGAAUAUCGAUCGCAUUGCGGCCAUGGUGCCUGGGACGCCCGGAGCGGUGUCAUACCAAAGAAUGCACAGCAACGAUUCCGACUACCAGAGUGGAGGAGGAGGAGGAGCAUCAUCCAGCGGUGGAGGAGGCGGCGGCGGCGGCGGUGGUGUCGGCGGCGCAGGCAGUGUGGUGGAUGGCCUGAUGGCGGCCAAUGGCAGCGGACAAGCUAAUCACCAGGCAAAUAGAUACCGGCAAUCCCCCUCACCGGCCCGCCAACGGGGCAGCACCUCACAGCUGAGCGGCUACGCCAGGCACGGAAAGCGCUCCAACAUUCUGCCACCGUAUCGCACCCAGCAGGCGGCAUUGCUCCACAAAUCCGGAGCUGGUUCGGCCUCCAUGCAGAACAUGAUGCCACUGGCGUAUCUGCCGCCGCGACGCAGCUCCGCCGCUGGUCUGGGGCACAGCGCUGGCAUGGGCAGUGGCUAUCGGUCGCACAGCGUCGAUGGGCUGCUGGACCAGGCCUCCGCCAGCCAGAGCAGUCUGGCCACGCCGGAGCAGAGGAUAGCGGCAGCGGCGGCCAUGGUGACGGCCGGCAGCACAGCGCUGACGAAUGCCAGCUCCACGUGCACCCUACAGCCGGAGGACGAGGAGCCAGCGGACACGGAUACGUGCGACCAUGUGACGAGGCGAGAGAAGCGCCUGGCGCCGCCGCCGAAUGUGCAACAGCAUCGCAAGUCGCGGAGCUUGGAUCACAUACUGUCGAAGCAGACGCUGGCUGAGCUGCUGCCUCCGAGCAUCGAGCCCACGGACGAGACGCAGAGCAUGCAGAAUCUGGCCAUGCCACUGACGCCGCAGCCCCAGCGACGCGAUCAGAGCUCCUCCUCGAAAUCCCCAACGCCAGAGCGACCUAUGCAACCGCAUUACAGUCGCCAGAGUCCCGAGGGCGUCAGCUCGACGGAGAGCGAGCGGGAGGAUGGGCAGUCGCCUAAGUCGCAGGUGCAGCAGCCGCAUGGAAACCAGCAGCGGGCGGCGGCGCAUGUGCAUCGCGGCGGGAGCCUGAACAGCAACAAGACGUCCAACUCGUCGCUGGGCUCUAACAACAGUGCCAGCAACAACAAGACCAUCUUCAAUCGCACGAUGAAGAAGGUUCGCUCGCUGAUCAAAAACAACGAACUGGACGACGAAGAGCUGUCGGGCAUAAUUCUGGCCAAGGCUACUUCCCCAAAUGCUGGACGCAUGAUAUUCUGGUAGCACUCCACAUACACUCCACUCCCACUCCAGAGCAAUUACUCAACGAAUUUUACCACGACGAAACUGUAUAUAAAACGAAUCAAAGAAUAAUAAAAAAUAUUCUAACGAAACAACAUUUGAAACUUCCAGCAGGCUUGGCAACUCUACUGAGCUGUGUUUCAGUGCUGUAAGCCGUACACCUAAACCGUAAAAGUAGGCCUGUUUUUGUCCAUUAUUUUGCUACGUUGGUUUCAUUUUCUUUUCGUCAUUUCGUCUCACAAACUUAUCUAGACACAUCGUUUUUUGAACAGAACAAAAAAAUUCCGUAAACCGAACUGAAAUAAGUUUCAAAAUUACAAUGGCAAAAAAUAUAGCAGAUAUAAUAGCCCACGAGCCAGCUGAUGCCUUUAUUUUCAAGGGGCCGUUCGACAAGACCUUCAAGCGCACUCUGGUUAUUCGCAGUCUGACCGAUAAGGAUGUCGCGUUCAAGAUGAAGACAACCUCGCCAGAAUUGUUCUGUGUUCGCCCGAACGUUGGGAUACUUUCUGCCAAAUCGUCGGUCAACAUAAAAAUUUACAUGCAGCCGACGACGUUGUCUCUGACCCCGAACCUGUUUGAGAAGCGUCACAAAUUCCUUAUUUUGGCUAGCGAAGUUACAGAUCACGUGGCUGAUGUGCACCAGUUCUUCAGGGGUCUGGACCCGACUAACGUGUGGGAAGGCAGGGUCCGUUGCGAGUUGACUAACAAUUUGGACGCGUCCAUCCGCCACACUGCUGGUGGAGAGACAACUGAAGUGUCCGAGCGUGUGUACGACGCCCUGGCUGCCAUCAAGCUGGAGCUGCAGGACAAUGAUAUCUUACAGAAGAGAGUUGCUAGUCUUGAGAAGGUGCGUCAGGACUUGACACAGGAAAUCAAGGAAUUACGUGACCCUACUCAGAAGGGGAAAAAGGUCAGCAAACUGCUUCGCCGGCGUUCUCCUAACAGGUACAUGUUUUUGGCCGGACUUCUCAUCGUCGGUGCCAUCAUAUUCUUUGGUACUUACGGCAAUGCAAUGCUAAAACUUUUUGAGCAAGCUUUCUGAAGAACUGUUCUGUAAAAGAAAUUAAAAAUGUGUUUUUUUUAAAUGAG